UGUCUCUUGCCCUGUCACCCCCAGAAGGAAAAGUCACUCCUGCAACGCUAACUUCCACCAAGGGCCUGAGAGGUUUCUGCAGGCGGCAGGUCUUGCGGCCCCCACACACAUUGUGCUAUCACCUCCUGUUUGUAAAGACUUUACGCUGACAGAUGAUGUGUUUUAAAAAGUCCUGGCAGGAUGCCGUAGGAAGGGCGGGCCAGAGGGGCUGCUGGCGGUGGUAGCGACCAACUUCUGCUUAAGCCGCCUUUAGACCUCCUUGCCUUUCUCUUAGGUUUAAAGCUAGCAGAUGUUGAAAAGGCGAUGAGGCCAGACUCAAUUAAAGGAACUGUCUUUGAAUGUUCAGAAUCUUGACAGUAUUACACAUGGACUUGGCUCAGACUGACGCGGAAAGAGCUGCUCUCACAUCCACGGGGGAUUUGACAGACGCCCAGGAGGAAGGAAUUAAUUUUCAUCUCUUAGGACAGUUCCCUACUCAGAGGAAGGUUCAGGUCUAAGCUGCUUAGCAUUAUUUCUUUAGCACAUAGGAAAUGGAUGAAAAUAAAAAAACUGAUUCAAAAGAAAGUGGAGAAUAUGAAGAUGACUUUGAGAAGGACUUGGAAUGGUUAAUUAAUGAAAAAGAAAGAAGUGAUGCCAGCAUAAUAGAGAUGGUCUGCAGGAAUGAAGAAAAUAUUUACCAAGAAUUUAAAGAGAAUGAAACAGAAGUAGAACACACCAAGCAACUUUCUGAUCCUGAUGACUCUUUGAAGGACGAAGUUUCACCAAGAAGAAAUGACUUCAUUUCUGUACCAAGUAGCCAACCUCUGGAUCCUGCAUCAGAUUCAGAUAGUGAAAACUCUUUCCAGGAAUCUAAAUUGGAAAUUCAGAAUGACUUGGAAGAGGAUGAGGAUGAAGAAGUAAGGAGAUAUAUUAUGGAGAAAAUUAUACAAGCCAACAAGCUUUUGCAGAAUCAAGAACCUGUGAAUAAUAAAAGGGAGAGAAAACUUAAAUUCAAGGACAAAUUAGUUGAUUUAGAAGUUCCUCCACUGGAAGACAAUGAUAUUUACAAAAACUCUUUUGAAGAUGAAAGUAAUAUAUCUGGAAAAUUGUCACAGUUACAUAUUUCCAGUGAAAUACAAGAAAAUGUGCUUCUGUCACUUACUGGUGGAAGUUGUGAAGAAAACAAAGAUGGAAAGAUACUAGUAGAGAGAGAUGGAAAAUUUGAACUUCUGAAUUUACAAGACAUUGAGAGCCAGGGUUUUUUGUCCCCCCUUAAUAAUGUUCAUAGUAUAGAAAAUGACCCACAGCAGGCAUCGCCCAGGCCUUCCAGUCUGCCUGCUGGUGAUGUCCAGAAAGAGAAUCCUGAGGAUCAUAUUCAUUCUGCUGCUCACUCACCAUCAGAAGAGCCAAGGGCCCUUCAGCCUUCACUUAAUCCUAAGACUCAGUCAGACUCUGUCAUCCACUUUGAUAGAAAUAAGGGAAGUGGGAAAUAUACUCAUAAGACACAAUCUGUUAAUUUAUCAUUAGUGAGCUCAACAUAUUGUCUGUCCCCUCGACAAAAAGAACUGCAAAAACGGCUUGAACAAAAGAGGGAAAAACUAAAGAGAGAGGAAGAACAAAGAAAAAUAGAAGAAGAGAAAGCAAAGAGAAAAGAGAAUGAUAUGGUAUUUAAAGCAUGGUUGCAAAAGAAAAGAGAGCAGUUACUAGAAAUGAGGAGAAUUCAGCGAGCAAAACAAAUUGAAGAUAUGAACAGUAGACAGGAAAACAGAGAUCCACAACAAGCUUUCCGAUUAUGGCUUAAAAAAAAACAUGAAGAGCAGCUGAAAGAGAGAAAGACAGAAGAGCUACGAAAGCAAGAGGAAUGCUUAUUCUUCCUUAGAGGAACAGAAGGACGAGAGAGAGCAUUUCAAAAAUGGCUCAGAAGGAAACGGAUAGAAAAACUAGCAGAACAACAAGCUGUCAAAGAGAGAGCUAGACAGCUCCGAUUAGAAGCAAGGCGUUCUAAACAGUUUCAUAACCACAUGUAUAUGUCAGAAGGCAAAUCUUUUCGUUUUACUGAUCAUUACAACUGAAGGUAAUUAAAUACCCAUUUGCAAGUUGCAAUCCUCAUAAUUUUGGAUAUCAUUUUUUUAUGGACCAUGUGCUAUGGUCAUACUCUAAAUUAUGGAAAUAGUAUUUAUCUUUUGGUGAUGUUGACAGUAUAUUUAUCAUAAAAUAAAUGUCUUUUUUCACAGUUUUGAAA